AUGGCAUCCCGUGUGGCCUGCCUCCUCCUGGCGGCGACUGCGGCAGCACUUCCCGAUGUCCCUUCGCCUGCAUUGAGAGGUGCAUCCCAAGGCCCUUGUGUGAGCUGGUGCCAAUGGGUUCCCAGCACCUCCUGGCAGUACACGCCUGCGUGUCGAGGCUGCUCAGCACAUGGGAUCCCCACUCCCGUGCCGGCCCCACCCCCACCGCCGCCGCCAGUUGGAGCCCCCGGAAGCUGUGCUGACUGGUGUCUCUAUGUGCCAAGCACUUCAUGGCAGUAUACUCCUGACUGUCACGGCUGCUCCGGACAAGGGCCUGUCACCCUCCCACCAAGCCCUACGAGUCCCACCUGUUUGAGCUGGUGUGGGUGGGUUGCGCCAUCGUCCUGGCAGUAUACGCCAGAAUGUCAUGGCUGCUUUGGACACGACCCGACAGCACCCAUCCACAGUGGGAAUGGAAGCUGUGUGAACUGGUGCCAGUGGGUCCCAACUCCUUCUUGGCCAUAUACUCCAGAAUGUCAAAAUUGCUCUGCAAGCAUGCAAAACAUUUCGGCGCCUCCUGCAGGCAACGGGACUUGCGUGGGCUGGUGCCAGUGGGUGCCGCACGCAUCUCGUGAGUACACUCCAGAAUGCCGCGGGUGCUCGGAUGGCCCUCCGGCACCUGCCAACAUCAGCAGUUGUGCCAACCACUGCAAAUGGGUGCCCCGUGCAUCCUGGCAGUACACUCCCGAGUGCCACAGCUGCUCUGGCAACGUUUCUUCGCCAUUGCCAGUGGGCCCACCAGAGCCCAUCAACGGAAGCAACGCCACAUGCGUGGACUGGUGUCAGUGGGUACCCACACCCUCUUGGAACUACACUCACGGUUGCGACGGUUGCAGUGGACAAGAACUAAGUGGACCUUUUGUACCUAGUGGUGGCAACGACGGGAGCUGUGUGGGCUGGUGCCAGUGGGUCCCAGAAGCUUCAUGGCAAUACAGUCCUGAGUGCAGCAACUGCUCUGGAAGAGCUCAUGCAACACCCAGCAACGUCAGUUCACCCCAGAACAACACGAAUGGAACUUGCGUGAAUUGGUGCAGAUGGGUCCCAUAUGCAUCCUGGCCCUACACUCCGAGCUGCCAUGGAUGCUUCGGGUCGGUGCACGGGCCAGCGCCUCCCACGCCUGCGCCUGGAGCUGGCUGCGCCAGCUGGUGUCAGUACGUGCCGGGGCCAUCGCAGUCCUACACGCCUGAAUGCGGGGGGUGCUCUCCGCCAUCUUCGCCAGCAGCACCUGCAGGGUGCGCCAGCUGGUGCGGAUGGGUUCCCGAAACAUCGCAUCAGUACACGCCGGAAUGCCGCGGAUGCGUCCAGGGAGCAUCUGGGAGUGAAGCGCCACAAGGCUCAGGCUCCGUGUCCGGUACAACUGCAUGUGCCAGCUGGUGUGAGCAUGUCCCGUCCUCCGCAUGGCAGUACUCGUCGGGCUGCAAAGGCUGCUCUUCCAAGACCCUGCCCCCUGUGUAA